AUGACGAACGAAGACGAACAGAAACGUGAAUUUUCUGAAGACUUUCAAACAAUUAUGGCCGUGGCUAAAGAAGUACAACCCAGAGUGAACGUUGAGACUGAGGUAAGCCGCGUUUACGAAAAUCACGGCUUCGCAAGAGAAUUCGAUUUCAAAGCGAAGUACUCGGAAAGGAAAGCGGCACGUUUUUCUCAUGAAUUAUCAAAGCCAUCCUACGCUGGUAUUAAUAGGUUCUUCUGCAGGUCCAAAGAGGAUCAGUUUUGGAACGAAUUGCAUGCUGAUGUAUCCGGAGUUCUUGAACAAGUGCGAGUGUACUCGUCUCACAUCCCACAACAGGCAAUCACGCAGACCGAAGAUUAUUUAAGACAGUAUAAACAUCAUAAAACGGAUUCAAUGCGUACACGGGCUCAUCAACACGUAUAUGCCAUGCUCGUCGAACAUUUGACUCCUAAGCAGAAAAAAUGGGAAACGAACAAUAAUAUUCCAGCUCAAUUAAGUAUCGCUCGUAAUAACCUCUAG